AUGUUAUCUAAACAAGUUCGUUCAAAAGCUUUUAAGUCUUUAAUCAUGUCUGCCAAAAGAUCAAACGCUACCAUUACACCAGUUAGAACCACUCAAGCUCCUCCACCAGCAGCUUCUUACUCCCAAGCCAUUAAAGUCAACGGAUUUGUUUACGUUUCCGGUCAAAUUCCAUAUACUUCCGAUAACAAACCAUUACCAGAAGGUUCUACUCUCGCUGAGCAAGCUGAACAAGUUAUUCAAAACGUCUCCAACAUUCUUGAAGCUUCUAAUUCCUCAUUGAACCACAUUGUCAAGGCUAAUAUCUUCUUAACUGACAUGAAUGCCCAAUUUGGUGAAUUCAAUAAGGUCUAUGCUAAAUACUUCAGCGAACAUAAGCCUGCCAGAUCAUGUGUAGCUGUCAAGGAAUUACCAUUGGGUGUUGCUUUAGAAAUGGAAGUUGUUGCCGUUGAAAGAGAUGAUACUAAGUUAUAA